AUGACAAUCAAGAGAAAGACGACGGCUAACGUGGCUGACCUCUCAGGUGCCUGCUCGCUGCUCUCACCGCAAGGCCUGUCGCAGAUUGAGCUUCUUAUCGGAGACUCGCGGUUCAGCAACGCGCUCAACGGCCUGCACCCCAAAUUCGAUCGUCUCAGGCCGGAGCCGUGGCUGGAGCACGAUGAGCUGAACCACCCGCUCCCUCCCAACCAUGUCAUCAUGGACUGCGUGAACGACUACAUGGUGACGAUGAACGCCGGCAUCCGGCUUUUCCAAGAGCAUGAAGUACGAGCAGCGUUACGCGCCUAUUUCCAAGGCCAGCCCAUCGCCGACCCAGGCUGGAGGAUGGCCGUCAACUCCAUCAUCGCCCACACCCUCCGCAAGAGGAACCGCAUGCGCAACAAGGAGGAUUACGAGAAGUACAUUCACAACGCCCUGGGCAUGAUCCCAAAUGUCGUCCUCCGCACGCCGUCGCCGCUCACAAUAGGAUCAUUAUUGUCAAUAAUCCUCUACUACAGCUUCAUGUCCGACAACCACAUCGCCCUGACACUACUCGGCCUCACGGUCCAGCUCCUCUUGAUGUCCGGCUACCACCGCCCCGAGCCGGACCUCGCCUUCGCCGACGCGUCAAACCUCAACCCGGUGGAACACCUGCACCGCCGCCGCCUCUUCUGGCAGGCCUACAUUCUCGACCACGACCUCAUGCUGCGCCUCGGCAAGCCGCCGCUCAUCCACGACGACUUCCUCCUCGACCUGCCCGAGGAGCACCCCGCGGACGGCUACGCCAUGUACUACUACCCCAACGACGUCACCCUCAACUUCUUCCUGCAGCAGGUCCGCCUCGCCCAGAUCCAGGGCCGCAUCUCGGCGGCGCUGUACUCGCGCAGCAGCGUCCCGCCCGCGGAGCUCGAGUCUGAGAUCCGUCGCCUCGACGCGGAGCUGCAGGAGUGGAGGGAGAGCAUCCCCGAGAUGAUCCACCCGGAGCGCGUCGAGGCCCUCCUGGACGGCGACUUUGCCCGCAUGGUCUGCCUGACGACGCUGCACUUUACAUACUUCCAGCUCGUUGUGGCAAUUCACUCGGCGGCUUUCCGCCUCCCGGCUCUUGAGGACCAAGAAGGCCUCGAACAGGGCGACAUCGGCCCGUCUCUGGCCCUCUGCGUCAGCGCAUCUCGAGCAGCCAUCUCACUGCUCAAUUACCAUCAGAUCGAACACCCCUACACCCCAUACCUGCUCUACCAGGUGGCCUGGUCCGUCGACAUCCUCUUCGUCAACAUCCUCCAGAACAAGACCUCCCCGCGCGCCCGCCGCGACCUCGACCUCAUCCGCACCGUCCUCACCUUUUUCGAAAAGUUCGAUCCGGACCACGAGAAGGUCGUCUCGUACCAGAUCAUCAGCGUCAUCGCCGACGUCGCCGCCUCCGUCCUCGCAAACACCCCCACCCUGCCCCCGCACAUGCUCCCCGUCGCCCGGCCCCAGACCUCCGCCCUACAGGCCCCGCCCGGGCCCAUCCGCGGGACGUCCCCCGGGACCGGCAUGCAGCGCCAGUCCGUCGUCGCGGGGUUCCCACCGGACACCCCGAUGACGGGUACCACGGCGGCCUCCGUCCGCAGCGGCAGCAUCAACGGCGGGGCGGACGGCAUGCUGGGUUCCAUGACGAGCCUGUCCAUGUCGGACCAGCAGCAGCAGCAGGGCUUCGUCGACAUGACAAUGACCCCGCAGCCCGAGCCGCAGUUCUUCAAUGGCUUCAUGGACAUGGCGGACUGGCGGCUGCCGAUGGAGUACCAGCCGGAACUCUGGCAGUUCGACAGCGUUCUGGACAACAACCGCUACAACCAGAACUGA